GGACAAGUUUAGUUGUACUGGUUUGACGUAAGGAGAGAGGAAAGGUAAAGGGGAGGGAAUUGGCUGGAAACACCCCGUUCACCGUUCAACUUCAGUCGUAGCUCAUUAGCCUCAUUUAAAACUGAGAAUAAGUCUCAGCAAGAGCAGCAGUCCUAUAUCGGCUGCAGGAAAAUACAGGCUAUAGCUCAAGUCACUAUAUCGAACAACAGGUUAACUAACGUAGCCUUUACAUUUGAAGGCAAGUAAGACGUAUUGAAACAUUUAUUCGAAAGGUCGAAAAACUUAAUUGAUCAUUUAUUGAUAGGCUAUUUAUUAGAUAUUUAUUAAGUUCACCCAUUUCGAUCGGGAAGAUGAACGGGAUUACGCGGAGCAUGUGUACAUUUGACGACAUCAGAACGGACGGUUCGAAGGAUGGCUGCAGGCGGCUCAGACUCACUCUGCACGAGCAGAACCAGCCGCUUCGGAGCCCAGCCCAGCCCAGAAGCAGGCCGAUUGGCCGAGCUUUUGCGCUGGUGCAGCCGCCCACCGAGAGGCCGCCGCCCAUCGAGAGGCCGCCGCUGAAGGUCGAAUCGAUCAAGCCAACGGAAGAGAAGGUGGAGAUCAUUAAGGUGUACCUGGAGGGGCGUAAGCAGGAGCAGGCCAGGGACCAGCAGAACCUGAAGAUGCUGUCAGAUGAAGUGUCACAGAUACAGGAGGUCAGGUACUGUCUGAAGACCCUGAGGGAGGUUAUGGCAGCUAGGAACAACAACAACGGAGAACAUAGGUUCCCCCCCAAUGGCUACACGGUCCAUGUGCCGAGCAGUCAGCCGCGCGUGUCCAGCCACCAGGAGAACGGCACUGCCGCAGAACAGCAGGACUGGGAGGACGAGCAGGAGAGCGCUCGGCUGAGGGAAGUGAGUAAGCGUUUAUACGGACAGCUUCAGGAGGCCGAGAGGAAGCACCAGGCGGAGAGAGAGAGGCUGCAGGCGGAGAGCGGUCAGUAUCGGCAGCAGCUGAGUGAGCAGGCGGAGAAGUUGCUGCGGGCGGAGGAGGGGGUGGAGACGCGGGACAGGCGCAUCGACGAGCUGCAGCGACUGCUGAACGGCAUGCAGCAGGAGAGCGCCGCCCUGCUGGACAAGAUGAGGAAGAGCGAGGGGGAGCUGCUGCGGCUGCGGGAACAGAAGGAGGACACCCAGAGGUCCGAGCAGCUGGAUGACAGCUGGCCAUGUCAGAGCGUAACCUGCUGCCUGCUGUGCGUGUUUGUGUUCACGCAGCUGGAGAACUCGCGCACGGUCAUCCAGGAGAGAGACCACAUGAUCCGGGAGCUUGAGGAGAAGGUGGCUUACCUGGAGGCGGAGAACAGAGAGCUGCAUGACCAGAUGGAUUACUUCCUCGGUGGUCAAAGGCCCAACUUAAAUAAGCCGUCACCAGAGCGUAGCCCACAGAUCGUCUACAGCAAACCACUCAGGCCCUCCAGUCACGGCAACAAGUCUCUGCCCUUCAUCAAGGUCGUCGAAAUCAAGACCUGAGCCCCUUCAGAGGGAGGAGGGGCCGGCUCAAGGCCACAGUCACCACGGAAACACCUCAUAGUAUUAUCUACCCCUGUUCCUGGAACACACUCCCUCUGCAUGGCUCACACUCAUCUCUGCGCGGACACUGGCGUCAGUGUAGGUACCAACACGGAUGGAAGCGAACGUGGAGAUAGGCAUCAGCUUGCAGAGAUUCGCCUUUAAAAAAUAUUUUCCAAUAUCCUAUCAGAGUCCAUCCCAUUUGAGUGAACCGGUCUGAGUCAGACUUCAGCACAUAAUGUAGCGGAUGCGUAAUGCCUCCAUUAGAUCAGCCCAGAGGAAAUGGAGUCUGUAUUAGGGCUGUCAGUGAUGAUAGCCGUGUUUGGGUCAGCGGAUAUAAUGCAGACUGUCAAGGCCUCCUCCUUCUCCCUGUGACCGAGAGACAGUAAAUCUUUUCACUGAGUAGAAUAUUCCUGGAAGAAAACUCGGGUAAUUGAUUAAGAGGCACCUACAACGAUUGGGUUUUGGGAGUCUGGUCUGGGUCAUUGCCAAGAUGGGGGGGGAGGGGGAGGAGAAGUGGGAGUGACUGCAGACUAGCCCUGGUGUAAAACCACAGCACCACGCCAGUGACGUAAUAAUGUACUGUUAGCACAAAGCACACUGUGUUAUUUGAGACCCAGGAAAAUCAGUCCCAUUCAUUCAUUCAUUCAUUCAGUCAGUCUGGUGAUUUAACCAAUGGCGUACAAGCAGUGCCGAGCUGAGAGAACCAGGAAGAUGAAGGUGGUCAGACAGAAACACUGUACAGUGAUACUAUUCUCACAGUGCAUACAGCCAAGCAUACAUAUGUGUGACACAGUCUGCUUUAUGUAACCUGUUGCAUUGAGGAAACUGGUGUCCCUAAAGCAAUGGAUCCAGUUAAAGAAGCAAUUAUAUAUUUCCCUGCGGGCUGACUUUCACACGCACUGGCCCAACCGCCUUGGCCCUGUGGUCCAGGUAUCACCACUGGAAUAGCUUGAGAUGGAGAGCAUGACAGACUGGAGUUGUGUGUGGCGGUUUCCAUGUUAAAUCAGGGGUGUCAGACUCCCCAGUUCUGGGAGUCCACGCGGUCCGUAGGCUAUCGGUGUGUUCCAGCAUUUAACUGAUUCGUUUAAAUCACCGCUUUACCAAGAGGUCCACACAUCCUUGGUUUCUAAGGCUUAAGCUGGCUUCUUAUUGAAAGAGCACAACAGACACCACGGCCCUCCAGGACACACUGGAGUCUGACACCCCUGUGCCAUGGUAGGCUGGCCACUGUCCUUCCGCAUGUUAAUUAUCAGAUGAUGAUGAUGAUGCUGUGACUUCACUCAUUACAGCUGGACACGUCCUUCCAUUUCCACUCAUUCGGAUACAUAGCGGUUUUGUGAACGAGGGUUUCUCGCCCACUCUUUGCAGUCCAGUGCAGUAGAUUUACAGCGACUGAGCUGAUGGGGGGCAACGAGAGACCACACCCAAGCACUUAUAGGAACAACAGCAAAGUCAGUUUACUCACUGGAUCUAUCACAAUAAUGAAGUAUGUUGGGAAUGAUGUUAAUUAGACAUUAGUGUAGUAGUGUACACUUGUCUGUAGAAAGUAGCUGAAUUUUGUUCACUUAGAGCAUUUCAUUUCCUUUCCCAUAUACUAUAUUUAUGUUUGUAUGUUUUGAUUUUUCAAUGUCCUCAUUUUAUGAAAAUAAUUUGUCUAAUUUGUAGAAUAUUCAGUCAUCUAAUUCUCUUUUCCAAAAGAUUCCUUUUUGACAGUACAUAUCCCUAGCAGAUGUUAGCCUAGUGCUUUACCUGAAGGAAACUGCAUACCGUUUGCUGUGAAAAUUGUGUUGGAGGAAACAAGUAUACAUUUUAGUGUGCUUACGAUGACUGGUGUUCCUUACUUAUGUUUUGGUUUUUGAAUAAAUAUAUUUAACCCAAGGGACAAAAUGCA